GUCGCACUCGCCGCGCCUUCGUAUGAGCUGUGUGUCGCUCUCGGCUCCCCGCACCCCGCGCCCCGCGCUCGUCUCGCCCGCAUUCUAGUCGUGGGUGUCGCGCCGUGCAGUCCUCGCGUGUGCCGCCGAGCUCAGUGCGCCGUUUGUGAGUGCUUUAAUUCCCGCCCGAGUGUCAGUGCGAUCGAGGAACUGUCAGCCGAUCGCGGAGGAUGUUAACAGCGCACGAUAGCAGCUGUUGACGUCUAGAGUAGCAGCCCGCUCGCCGGCCACUUGUCACUCGCCCCGCUCCCUACACCCCCUUCAAGAUUGCUGCCACCAUGGGUAGGAAGAAAAUACAAAUAUCCCGGAUCACAGACGAACGGAAUCGGCAGGUUACGUUCAACAAGCGCAAAUUCGGUGUGAUGAAAAAAGCGUACGAGCUGAGCGUGCUGUGCGACUGCGAGAUUGCUCUCAUCAUAUUCAGUUCUAACAACAAACUCUACCAGUAUGCCAGCACCGACAUGGAUAAGGUUCUCCUCAAGUACACGGAAUACAACGAGCCGCACGAGUCCCUCACCAACCGCAACAUCAUCGAGGCACUCACGAAGAAAGAGCAUAAGAACGGAGUGAUGUCGCCGGACAGCCCCGAGGCCGAGCCUGAAUACAACCUGACGCCGCGCACCGAAGCCAAAUACACGAAGAUCGAUGAAGAGUUCCAGAUUAUGAUGCAGAGGAAUCAGCUGAACGGCAGCCGAGUGGGCGUGGGAGUGACGGGCGCUAACUACAAUCUGCCCGUGAGCGUGCCCGUGGGCAGUUACGACCAGUCUAUGCUGCAGGCCAGCCCUCAGAUGCACACCUCUAUCAGUCCACGGCCAUCGUCUUCGGAAACCGAUUCUGUAUACCCUAGCGGAGGAAUGUUGGAGAUGUCGAAUGGAUACCCAGGGUCUGCGUCGCCGUUGGGCGCGGCGUGCACACCCUCGCCCUCCCCUGGGCCGGCGCCUUCGCCCCACCGGCACGCUCACAAGUCGCAUCACGCACCGCACCACUCGCCGCGGCACAACAAUCUGCGCGUCGUCAUACCCGGCGCCAUGCCACCGCCGCAGGACGACCUAUCUUAUACCGGAGAGACACCACUUAGCUACUCAGGACUCGGCAAUUUCGGACCACAGGACUUCAGCAUGACAUCGGACAUGGGGAUCGGACUAUCAUGGGGCGCGCACCAACUGCAGACGUUACAGCACAACAGGUACAUUUUGCCGGCGCUGGGGGGCGGGGGCACGCCGCCGCCGGCGCAGUCGCCUAGCAACGUGAAGAUCAAAGCUGAGCCGGUGUCGCCGCCGCGCGCGCCCGACCACCUGCACCGCGCGCCGCUCGCGCCCGCGCCGCAGCCCGCACACCUCUCUGGAGUCAUCGAUGACAUAUUUGUUUCAGGUUCAGUAACGUCAAGCAACAUGGGCUCGCCGGCCGGCCAGGACAUGCGGCACGCCAACACCGUGCCGCUCGACUACGAGCAGCCGCACACGAAGCGGCAGCGGAUCGAGAGCUGGGCCACAUAGCUAGACUGCGAGGCCUUCGGCCCCUGCCUGAGGCCCCUGCACCCGCACUGCUAAGCCCCCGGCCCCUCCGGCCCCUCGGCCCCACAGGCCCCGGCCCCUCGAGCUUCGGUACCGUCCUGCCGUCCCACGUUCGAUAUCGCAACCCUCACCCGCUCUUUCCCUCGGUGCUGAAUCAGAAGUACAUCAGCGCUGAACUAUCAAAAGUCUGACAUUGCAAGGUGCAUCUAAAUUAAAGGUGCUCAAAAUUGAUGGCACGGUACGCGCAUUGGACAUUGUCUAGUUAAAUUUCAAGCUCCGUCGGAAAGGAGCCGAUGUUAAAUAUUUCCUUUCAUAUAACGAGUCGAUGUUGAAGCAUAAUAAAUGCUUACCUCCUUCUUAAUACGUAAUUAAUUACUGCACGUGCAAGUACACUAAAGAGUAAGAUUUAAUGUUAAAUUUAAGUACAAUGUUACAGAUAAAUGCAACCUUCUUGAACAACUUUUUGUAAUACUUUAAAAGAACGUAACGUAUAGUUAGAUCGCUGUAUCCCAUGUAAAUAGAAAACAUUAUUUGUACAAUCCGUGCCAUUGUCUGUUUAGCUUAAAAUUUAGUCAAUUUAAAAUUAGUAAUAGUAAGUGAAAACAAACGCUGAGGUUCAAGUGAGGGAACUGUCUGUGAGCAGCGGAGUGAAGUAGUGCGACGUGGCGACGUAGUGCGAGGUAGUGCAUCUGGCGACGUAGCGCGACAUGGCGACAUGGCGACAUGGCGACGUAGUGCUACGUGGCGACGUAGUGCGUAGCAAAGACAACAGUGUGCAAGUGCGUGACAGACCACAAAACGAAUGUUGACAUUUGUGUUAGUGUUUUAAAAGUUUUUUUGUGCCAUUUUAAAAAUAUAAUUAUAGUGUGACAUCCGAACUUUGAAUCUUUGUAAAUUAAGUGUAGUCAUCACUGAAGAUAAUAAGUUAUAUGUAUUGGAAAUUGUAUGUAUUGACAUAUUUAUACAUGAGAACACAAUAAUAUUUACAUAAUAUGUAUACACGUCCCGUUAGGAACGAAUGUUAUGUUAAGUAGGUAAUGUUAGCUAGACUCGAUAUGGAGGUACCACACGAAGCUUUAAAAUUCUUAUGAUUACACUCGCACUCAGCAGUCUCUGAACAGACGCCGUUUACACUGUAUCGCAACAUGCCCCGCAACUGACCUGCCUCUCGCUCAAACACAACUAACACUUCCCACUAAAAUGGAAUACACAGAAAUUCAACAUAACAAAGGUGCGGGCGUUACUCAUUUUCAGACCAAAAAUCAAAGUCAAUUUUGAAUAUCAUAAAUUGUACCGUACUUGUAAAGUACAUAUGUAAGUAUUUAUGUAUUUAGUGGCUGUAAUCGGUUACUAGGUGGAAAGUUAAAGCUUGUUAGGACAUAAUGUUUUGUUAAUGUGAUCUGAAGCUGUAACGAUUUUAUUUAACUCGUAAGAUAUAUAAAUAUAUCCAGCGAACGAUAUACAAUGUCAAAUAUAAUAGCUUUACACAGAAUACACAAAAGAAUAUAUUUAUCACACGAAAAAUAACCUAUUUUGGUACAGCACUAUAAAAUCACGUCCGCCCUAUUUUUAGAAGUUAUUAUGUAAUCAUUGUAAUACAAUAAAUGUAGUUAUAAAAUUUAUCGAUAUGUUAAACAGCUUAUGUAUAUAAUUAAAUGUAUCAUUCGUUGUUUUUUUUAUCAUUGUUUGCAUCAUUAUUGAUGUCGCUUGGACCUCUUGUUCCCCUUUUUCCUACAAAACUUCAUCUCGGAGUUUAUAAUGAAAUUAUAACCUGACUAGAAAUAUAAAAUCUUCACGAUAUUGUGGAGAUAAUAUGACAAUUUAUUAAUGUGUAAACAUUAGAAAGUUAUGUAACAAUUGUUGAUUGAAGGAUAUUUAUAAUUUUUAUAUUCUUGGUUAGGCUGUCAUUUUUAAUAUCCCGUGAUGAAGUUUUGUUAUCGUUGUUCCCUCGUAUCUCACUGUAGAUGCCUUACUCACGGUGCCUAAUGUAACCAUUUUAUACGAUGUUUGUACUUAUAUAUACUGCUUGAAUCUGUUCGAAAAACCAGAUAAUUUUUAAAUGUACAAUAUAAUUGUUAUCACCGCAAAUUGGUGUUAUUAUAAAUUAAAUGAAGUGUACCAUUGUCUUCAUUUUUUCGUGGUUAUUAUACAAAAAUUGUUGUUAGUUCGGACGUAAUUAAAUUUGUGAUUGUAAAUAUUAAAAAUUAAAAUAUUAAGCUUAAAUUUACAUGAAUUAGACGUCUUCACAUCACAAUAACAAAAUUAGAAUGUGUAUUUGUAAAAUGUACAGGGAUGUAACCAGUUUUGAUGUUCAAAAGUCUGAACGAGUAUAAAUGUAUUUUUCGCAUUGUAAAAUAAUAUACACGAAUAGUAUAAAAUUGAAAUUAAAAAUAUUUUAAUAUCUGAACAUAAUCGAUGUUUUUCCCUACUUGCGGGAGCUAUAUGUACACUUUUAAUGUUAGAAUAAUAUUGUUAAAGUGAUACACUACACUGUUACGAUACUUGUAAAGAAAUUCUAAAGUUCUGUUAACACCGUUUUGGUUAUCCGUUCCUAGUACUUUACAAUAUUUGAUUGUGCAUUGUAGAAAAUUGCUCAAAUGAUUUUGAUCGUAUGAAGUUUGGUUUGAAUUUCCUUAGUAGCUUGUUUUAAAACAUAGUUACCUACCUAUCAAAGAUUCUGAUGCACUGAUCAAAUUGUUAUUAAACAGAUUUACAUUAACUUAGAAAUAGUAUCUAAGAGAUGAGGUUAUUUACAAUGAAAUGUGGCUCAUCUUAGUCGAAGUAUAUGAAUUCACAUGAGAUAUGAAACGUCAUCGACCACUGCCGAAGUAAUCCUGUCUCUAUCUUUGUCCUUGAUUGAAAAGAGAUAACAAUACCUUUGUAUAGAAUAUCGUCAGUGGAGCGUCGAUGGCGUAGCUAGUUUGUCGACUGCACAUAAUAUAUUUACUUCUUGUAUAAAAUAUUUGAUCAGUAAGCUGGUAUUGGGAGCAUAAUUUCCGAGGUUGUGAGCUUCUAUCGGGAAUGAUUUCACAUUUAAUUAUUAAUAUUUAAAUAUUCAUUUGGACGCACAACCGUGUUGUGUGUUAUUGUAAAAAGGGUUUGCUCGUUUUGUUUUUUAGAUGUACCUACAUUUUUGCAUGAUUACCUAUGUUUGUCCCGCUGUGUACCAAUAGCAAUGGGGUAUUCACCUUCCGUUCACCUUAUAGAAUGAUAAAUUUGUUGCAUUUAAUAAAAGUUAUAGUCAUAAGUGUAAUGUCGGAGAUCGCUUCAGAUUUCGCGGUAGCCUGUAGCCAGUCCGCCCGUCUCUUGCUAUUGCUCCACAGCCCUCAUGAACGGAAUAGAUUCUAGAUAUAUCUAUAAAUACAUAUCCUUAUUGAAUACUCAAGUCGAUUUCACAGUUGUUUUGUAACAUCAGUCGUGCAAUACGUAAUGUAACAAAUGCUUAGGUAGGUAUUAGGUAUAUUUUCGUUUGGAUUUACAACAAAUCGAAAUCUUGUUGUAUUUUAUCGAUAUUUUUACUGUUAGUGUCGAGGCGGCUGCGACUUUUCGGAGCCGUCUCUUGGGAAUUUAAGUCAUAAUGUAUAAUUAUUUUGUAAGUGUGAGGCCGGGCCAUAUAUUGCAUUACGUGAGGUCGAACGGCGACUGUCUGCGGCAGCCGGCCAGCAGCUUGCCAGUUAGACAGCCAGCCGGUCGGCUCUGCCCUGUAUAAAGUAUGAAUUGUGAACAUCGGCAACAUCUCAGUGGUUGAUUGAUAUUUUAAUGUUAAUGGACAGUGUUAGAAAAUUGUUAUAAAUUAUUUUGAUGACUGUUCGAACGAUAAUAAAGAGUUGGAUGUCAAAAU